CAAAUCAGACUUGAAGCAUCAUCCAGCCAUGACCCAUCCAACCGAGGGGGCGGGCGUGUUACGGUAGCUUAACCUUAUUGGUUGUAUGUCUUGUUAUGAAGUUUCACAGUGUGUGAUACCUUCACCGCCACACAACCAGGCCUCUCAUCAUUGUGAAAGUUUCGUAGUAAUUGAAAGAAUGGUCCAACGAUCGUGGAUGAAUCCCUAAUCAUAUCUCUCAGGUUCUUUCAGUUCAGGCACGUUUGUUGUUAAGAAAUGGACCAGGACCGAAUAUCGAAUCUGCCGAAAACCAUCCUUCAUGACAUUCUGUCAAGGCUGUCACAGAAAGAUGCUGUUCUGACCAGUGUUUUGUCCAAGGCUUGGAGAGAAACAUGGUCUACAUUUCCCAUCUUGUCUUUUUCUGAUGCUAAAAUUUUACUACCGUUUUCCCAGCCAAUGGAAGAUUUUGCGAGGUUAAGAAAGAACUUCCUUGAUCCUACAAAUGUAGGGACGCUUCCCCAGCCAGUGGAAGAUUUUUUUAGGAGAAUAAAGAACUUCCUUGACUAUGUGGGGAAAACAUUGCUAAGGUUCCAUGACCAAGGCUUAGCAAUCAAAGAAUUUAAGCUCUCUGUGAAUUAUUUUGACCUUAAGUGCAUGUCCCGGGAUGUUGAUCUUUGGAUGAAGUUGGCUAGUGAAAUUGGUGUUGAGGUACUAGAGCUUUGUCUGCCUUAUGGCUAUGAACAAUGCUAUAUCUUGCCAAAGUGUGUCCUUGAAGCCAAAACACUAAAUAAGUUAGUGUUGAUGGGGCGAAUCAGAGUUGAUCAGGCACUCCUGAAUCAUUCAACCAAGUUCUUCUCAUUGCGGGUAUUAUCAUUGCAGAGUGUCUCUUUGGGAGAUGAACAGGCAAUUGAGAAUCUCAUUUCUCGUUGUCCUUUAAUUGAAUAUAUCACUUUGAAGUUCUGUUCUGUAUCUCGGACGAAAUCUUUAAGCAUGUUUGGUCUACCAAAGCUCAAGAGACUUGACGUUCAAGGAAUACAGGAGGUUUAUGUUGAUGCUCCAAGUCUUGAGAAUUUCUGUUAUUGUCCUGCUGAUUUUGAUGCACCUUUUAAGAUGAAUUUUGAUAGGUGCAGAAAUUUGAGAGAGUUAUGCUUAUGGUCUUUGAAGAAUACUAUUAUCACAGAUGAGUGGUUUGUUGAACUGUUUCAUAAAUUCCCUUUCCUGGAGAGUUUGAAAUUUGUCCAUUGCACAAUGUCUGGGAGGAUUAAUAUCUCAAGUGUUCAACUCAAGGUCUUGGAGUUAUCAAAUUGCUCUAACUUGAAGGAGGUCAACAUUGAUGCUCCAAAUUUAUUAACGUGUGGAUAUUGUGGUGAUGGUGCCGCAAAACCUUUUAUAUCUUUUCUGAACAGUUCUAGUCAACUGCAAGUCAAUGUUCUGUUCCACAUUGAUUAUCCAGAUCUUUCUAACUUAAGGGAAUUUAUCCAAAAUUUUAAACCUCAAAAUGUUUUGGCAUCACUAUCCCUUUUUAUCCAUCAGCCAAUUAUAGAUGAAUUGAACCCAGAUGUUUUGCAAGUUUCAUCCCCUCCUCCAAGCAUCAAACACUUGAACCUUCGUGCUGUUCCAAAAAAAGAAACUACGUAUUUGGCUCUUGUCAAUAGCUUGCUUUCAAGUUGCUGCCCUGCAACUAUUUCAUUGAGCUUGCGUUCUUUUUUCUGCAGUAGAGCAUUCAUUGAGUUUUUCUAUAAGACGCUAAUGGGCAGAAAAGAGGACAACUGCUUUUGCAGUUCUGGUCAUACUAAGUGUUGGUGGCAUGGCUUGAAGGAUGUGAAAGUCACAAGCUCUAUCAAGACAGAUGAGAAUGUUGAUUUUAAGACCAUGUUAGAUGCAUUUCCAACUUCUGCAGCUCAGGAAAAUAUUAGCUUUAGGUUAGAAUUGUAAUAUUGUUAUCAACUGUUAGACGCCCUAAAUUAUAAGUUUGAUGUUGCUACGUAAUAAGAUGUGCAUCCUUCUUGUUCUAAUUUGGGGGGCCAACCAAAGCUCUUGGAUGAGAGACAAGAAACUUGAAAAAUAAAUGUUCUCCUUUUGGGGUUGGACUUACUGCUAUAAAUGUUCCUGGCUGUUUAAUGAUAUGAUU